AUGAAUUCUGGUUCUGAUAAUUUUGCAAAACGAAAAGAACUUAAACCGCUGCUGAGGUCGGGAUAUAGGGAUGGUGAACUUUACAAAAGCACCGUGCCAAACGAAAAUUUGAAUUUAUUUUGUCACUCCUAUAACGGUGAGCCGAGUAGCAGUGAUUCCGACGAGGACUCCGAAGACGACGACGAAGAAGAGGCGUACGACUACAUCAGCCUGUUCCAAGUCUGGUUGAACUUUCUAUUUCCCAGAGCUUUUCGCAUACAACCCGUGCACCGGUGGGUCAAGUCCGCUCAUUCGGUGUCGGACUUGAGGGAGCGAAGCACCGGGAAAAUAUUGUCCCCCGUGGGCCGGUGCUCGUUGUUCCCAGAAGGAGUGUUCGUGCAAUCCACCACGGAAAAAGACGUGACGAAAAUAUGUUUUCCCGGGGCCCAAGAAACGUUCACGGCUCCGAGCCGCCCGAGUCGAGUCAACAAAAAUUAA